AUGCUAUUAGAGAAUAUCAUCCCAGCAGUGGUUUCGUAUUUGAAAGGACUGCGUAAUUUGAGAACUUUGCACAUAAAGGCUAAUAUUUUCCCCGUCGACUCUGGAACAGAAGUUAAGAAGGUUAACAAAAUGAGGCUCACUGAGUACAUUGAAGCAAUGAGUGGUGUGAAGGUUAGUUUAGAUGCAAUGUUUGAUGUGCAGACAAAGCGAAUACGCAAGUACAAAAAAGGCAGCUGCUUAAUAUACUUGGCAUUAUCCAUCGAUAUGACUGUAUCGAGAAAGAAUUACCUUAUACCUUCUAAAGGGAGUCAUCACCAUCCUCCAGCACUGUGCACACCUAGUUCAUCUUCUUGUCACGGUGAUUUAAGAAGUUGGACAAGGAAGGAACUUGCAAUCGCAGUCACUGCUUCGUCCUCCGGGUUCGGCACCGGAAAAAGACCCAACCCACCUAGGCGCCCGCCCAGCCGCCUAGCUCCGGCCUUGCUACUGCCUAGCGACCGCCUAGCGACCGCCUAG